AUGAAUCCACAAUAUAUACAGCAACAACAGCAGCAGCAUAGUUAUUUCCCUGGACCUCCAAGUUCAAGUCAAUAUGGGGAAGUAAAUUCUAACGUUCCACCGAAUAUGUUGAAAGGACCUCCAAUGAAUUCACAAACUCAUGCUUCUCAGAAGCCUGUACCAGGACCUCCCCUUCCUAAUUUACAUCAGCCUCAAGCACCUUACUAUGUAAAUAAUAUACAAACUCAAGGAAAUACUCAAUAUGAAUCAACAAAUAAUCCACAUAUGCCGCCACCUCCAACAAGUCAAAAUAAUUUAGUUAAUCAAAUGACAAGUAUGUCUUUGGCUGAAAGACCACCGUCUACGCAAAACUUUCCUCCGCCACCCUUACCGGGAAAGAGUAGUCCGACGGUAUCUGCUUCUUCAAAUGUAAAUGAUUUUAACAAUUUGUCAGAAAUACCUGCAGUAGGGACUGGUUCUACUGGGCAAACUGAUCCUGGUGGGAAAUCUGGACCGCCUAUUCUUGGACCAAAUGUGCAAGAGCAAAAGUUAGCACCGAAGCCGACUAUAUCACAGGCUGCUGGUCUUCCAUUCUCAGGGCAUUCUACAGGAACUACUUCUAACCAAUAUUAUCCUGGCCAAAAUUUACCAUCAGAACAAAUGUUCAACGCAGGGAUGUCUUUCCCGAGUCAACCUGAAGUUGGCCAAGCGAAUGCUGCUGACUCAUCUGCUCAGUCUAACUUUCCCAGACCACCGACAGAACAGAGAUCCAUAGCUGCACCGUUACCUGGUUCACGGAAUGUUCUUGAUCCCAGAAUGACACCAGGUCAACAAAAUUUACCUGAAUCUUCAUUGCCAAACCAACAGACUCAUAAUAAUACGCUUAUGCAAGGAGUACAUGGGCAACCGAACUUCACUGGACCACCGCUUCAAACAUCAAAACAGAAUUGGUCUGGACCACCAUUGCCGACUCAACAAAAUUUGUCUGGUCCACCCCUGCCUGGACCACCUUUAUCAGGACAAUAUUAUCCCACAUCGCAAGGACAACAAAAACUCAGCCAUUCUUAUCCAGAACCACCGAAUGUGACUAAUUUGUCUGGUCCUCCAGUAAUGAAUCAACAAAGCAUACAUCCACCGAUGCCAGGUCAACAAGGAGCUCCUCCGCCUCUGUUAACGAAUCAGCAGGGUUUUAACAGGCCACCUUUAUUAGGACAACAAAACAUGCCUGGUUCACAAAUGCCUCCCCUGCCUAGUCAGACGGUAGGACAGAUGAACUCUGGUACAAAUUUACCACCAUCUGGUCAAAGACCAUAUGCAUCUGGACCACCCAUGCAAGGGCAGAACAUGCGUAGUCCUUUAGGAGUGAGUCGAAAUCCAGCUGGUACAAUGCCGAGCUAUCAGCAUGCAGGAUAUCAAGGCUACAACAACGAUAUGUAUAAUGCUCAGAGAGGUUCAUAUCCGGCGCCAGGCGUAACAGGUGGACACCAGCCGGAUAUGCAAUCCCAGCAAGCUAGACGCUUGGAUCCUGAACAAAUGCCGAGUCCAAUUCAAGUGAUGCAGGAUGAUCAACGCGUCAGAAGUGGUGUAUUCAUAACAAAUCAAAAGGGAUUGGUUCCACCGUUAGUCACAACUAAAUUUGUAACACAAGAUCAAGGAAAUGCAUCUCCUAGAUAUAUCAGAUCUACUAUGUACACUGUUCCUACCACAGCAGAUAUUAUAAAACAAACGAAUGUUCCAUUUGGUCUAAUAUUAAGUCCAAUGGCUCGUAUGGCAGAAGGAGAAUACGAACCACCUAUUGUAGAUAUGGGUGAAAUCGGUCCCGUUCGCUGCGUGCGAUGCAAAGCGUACAUGAGUCCAUUUAUGCAAUUUAUCGAUGCAGGCAGAAGAUUCCAGUGCAUGUUUUGUAAAGCGACCACGGAAGUUCCAGCCGAAUAUUUUCAACAUUUGGAUCAUACUGGCCAGCGCAUGGAUCGCUAUGAGAGACCGGAAUUAAUGUUGGGAACUUACGAAUAUGUUGCUACUAAAGAUUAUUGCAGAAACAAUACUUUUCCAAAACCACCAGCUAUUGUGUUCGUGAUCGACGUAUCAUACAACACAGUCAAGUCUGGUUUAGUUAAUCUACUGUGUACGCAAAUGAAGUCAAUCUUGCGGCAUUUACCUGUUGACUCCGGUCAAUCGAAAUCAAACAUGAAAGUAGGAUUUAUAACGUACAAUAAUACGGUGCACUUUUACAACAUCAAUUCUUGCCUUGCUCAACCACAAAUGAUGGUUGUCGGAGAUAUACAAGAUGUUUUUAUGCCACUUCUCGAUGGAUUUUUGUGUGACGUUGAAGAGAGCGAGUCUGUUAUCGAUGGUUUGAUGACACAGAUACCGGCAAUGUUUGCAGAGACUUGCGAAACAGAAACGAUUCUUGCACCGGCCAUACAAGCUGGAUUAGAAGCAUUGAAGGCGUCGGAUUGCGCUGGGAAAUUAAUGGUUUUCCAUUCAUCUCUGCCCAUUGCCGAUGCCCCGGGGAAAUUGAAAAAUCGUGACGAUCGAAAAGUUCUCGGGACAGAAAAAGAGAAAACUGUAUUAGCUCCACAAAAUAACGUUUACAAUAAUUUGGGUCAGGAAUGUGUAGGCGCAGGAUGCUCCGUUGAUUUAUUUGUUUUCAAUAAUUCGUACGUGGACAUAGCGACGAUAGGACAAGUUGCUAGAUUGACCGGAGGAGAAGUUUACAAGUACACUUAUUUCCAGGCUGACAUUGAUGGUGAUCGUUUAAUUGCGGAUGUAAUUAAUAAUAUUAGUAGACCAAUUGCCUUUGACGCAAUAAUGCGUGUGCGUACGUCUACUGGUGUUCGGGCAACUGAUUUCUUUGGACACUUCUUUAUGUCAAAUACAACAGAUAUGGAAUUAGCUAGUAUAGAUUGUAAUAAGGCCGUUGCCGUGGAAGUCAAACACGAUGAUAAAUUGACGGAAGAUGAAGGUGUAUAUAUUCAAGCAGCAUUAUUGUACACUUCUUGCAGUGGAAUCAGGAGAUUGCGUAUUAUUAAUCUUAGUUUAAAAACUUCAUCUCAAAUGGCUGAGUUAUACCGGGCAUGUGAUUUAGACGCGAUCAUAAAUUACUUCUCUAAACUAGGUGUCUUCAAACUAAUUGAAUCAACUCCAAAAACUGUAAAGGAGAGUUUAAUCUCGAGAUGUGCGAACAUGCUGGCUGCAUAUCGAAAACACUGUGCUUCUCCCUCUAAUGCUGGUCAAUUAAUAUUACCAGAAUGUAUGAAAUUGCUCCCACUUUACAUUAACUCGUUACUGAAAAGUGACGCAUUAUGUGGAGGUGCUGAUAUGACUAUUGAUGAUAGGUCUUUCGUUAUGCAAGCAGUUGCGACUAUGCCAAUUUCAAUAUCAGUUGUAUAUGUCUAUCCAAGAUUACUCCCUUUGCAUGACGUUGACCCGCAAGAUACAGAGGUACCACAAAUGUUGCGUUGUUCUAUUGAUAAAUUCACGGAUGACGGCGCGUACUUACUCGAAAACAGUAUCCACAUGUUCCUGUGGCUAGGCCUGGCACUUUCUCCACAAUGGGUACAGGCAGUGUUCGGAGUCCCAUCAGUAGUUCAAGUUAACACAGAUAACACCGCACUGCCAGUAUUAGAUACUCCACUAAAUAAACGAAUUAACGAUAUCAUUAGCCGCGUACGUAUGGAAAGGCAUCGUUGUAUGAGGUUAACUGUAGUGAGGCAACGCGAAAAACUUGAAGUGGUCUUACGUCAUUUCUUAAUUGAGGAUAGAGGAAACGACGGGGGUCCGAGUUACGUUGAUUUCCUUUGCCAUAUGCACAAAGAAAUAAGGACACUCCUUAGCCAAUAAAAUGAAUCUUAAAGCAAUCAGUUACCUUAUGUUGAAAUCCUAGCUUGCUACGUGUUUGUAGCUGUCGUCACGUUAUGUUUGAGGAUCAAUUAGAUUACUUAAAUCAAGAUUCGGAGCUCAAAGGAAAUGGAACUAACAUACCUACAUUUAUAACACAAAACCUAUCCGGAGGGCAAUGAACUCUAUGAAGUAAACUAAACGAACUAAUCAUUCCGUGGGAAGGAACGCAUGUAACAAGAAUCAUCUGGAUACACUCGUGCAGUGAUUUAUACACAACUUGCGAACGUAAAGUUGUAUUAUUAUAUUUUAUUUUAACUAGCUCAUUAAUGUUAUUAUGCUAAAUUAAAUAAUAAAAUGUAUUAAAUCAU